UUGACGCAUAGUCUGAUCUGCUAUUAAUGAACCUGGCGAUAGAUUCAUAUACAUCGCUAAUAAAAUAUAUUUUCCACAUAAUGUAGGUCUACAUUAGUAAAUCGAGGUAGUAAAACCUUCUGUAAACUAAAGCUCCAGACUAUUGUUUCAUCAGUUCACUUACGAUUACCUGAAUCGUGUAUAACGUAUAACUGACCAAUUUUAGCCCGUAACCAGUUGCAAUAAGGUUGAAGAGUGUUCAGUUAAUUGUGUCGACGAGACAAGUAGAAUCGCCUCACUUGUUCAGGCAAUUUCAGUCUCUCGCUGUGUGUCGUGGCGAGCGCGCGUCGCCCUCCCUUCCCCCGCGUCGUGAAUAAUUUAAAACCCGACCGAUAUUCUUAAGGUUACAGCCUAUUUCCACACGAAAAUCUAUUAUAUUAAAAAAUUGUACUUUAAUUAACUUGUGUUUGUGUAGUGGAAACUUAUGGGCAUCUAAAUGUGUGUGAGCGUGCGUCGUUCGCCUGUCGAUUCGGUGUGUUAAGUAAGUUUUUUGAAGUGAUCGCGAGUGGUGUCUUGUGGGUGAGCACCCUGCUAUUUACUCUGUGGAAAGAAACGGCAUGGCAUGAGCAGUGCGGUGGGCGCGCAAUGCGGCGCGCGCCGCUCGCGCAUCCCGCCGCCCUUGCCGUUGCGCUAUCAAUUUUGCUACGACUUGUCAACGCUGGUUCAAUGGGUCCCGGGGUACCCGAGAACAUCACAGUGACGUUCCUAAACCCCACCACGGUGCGAGUGUCGUGGUCGACCACGGCGGACUUGGUGGAGAAGUAUGACGUCACGUAUAAACCUUCUGACGCGAGUUACAGAGUGGUUCUGGAGGUGGCCGGGAACUCUGACGCGGUCAUCUUGAGCGGUCUGGAGGCGGACACGCAGUACCAGGUCACUGUCGCCGCGUUGUGGGGAGGCCACAAGUAUAGAAGUAGACCUAUUGUCUUCCGCACGCUGGAGCCGCCGCGGACGUCACCGCAGCAGGACGGGGGCCUGGCUGGCACGGCGAGGUCUUCGGUAGGCCCGCCGGACCCCUCACCCACCUUCCCCACGAUACGAGGGGUUGAAAUCGGCAUAGUGGUGCUGGUCCUUCUGGUGUGGAUCGGCGCUAUUGCACUGUUCUUCAACCGCUGGGGCAAGAUACGCAUGCUUCUGCCGUAUCAGCCCGACUAUAAGCAGGAGCAGUUAAAGGUGCCAGGCAGCAGCGCACUUGCAGCGGCGGCAGCAGGCGGACAGUGUGCCCAUUCUGCACCAUCAGCCUGUUCGCACAUGCGUUGGUCACACACUCACACGCAGAGCUUGGAGUGCGAGGAACGGCUGCUGGCGCGCUGCAGCCGGCCUCGGGUCAACUCGGCUAUCUUCGUGUCGGCCGAGCCUGCGGGCUUCGCUGGCUUUGACGCGAGCGAGUUCUUGAGGAGGCACGGCUCGCAGUCCAAAUUGUGUCGGAAGGCUAGAUCCGCCGACAACAUCCCUCUAACAUCAAUGAGUGAUUCAUCAGAGCGCCUUUGCAAAGCCAAGGCGCCCCGCGAAGAAACCAUCAGCGAAGAAGCAAAAUCAGAUGACACGGGCAGCGUCGAAACAGUCAAACACUUCGGCUUGCCCAUCCUCUCCGUCUCUGGACCCUCACCCCCCGACGAGGACUAUGACCAGAUAGAUGAGUAUCUGUAGCAUUUCCACACCAGUUUCCAGCUCAAAUACGUGCUGGAAAAGCUGAGGCCCCCCUGGCCUAGCCCCGCACAAAGUCCUUGAGACUUCUGCACUGGACUUCUUGUGUUUCGUUUUGUGAUAGCCUUUAGACGUGACGAACGGAUUGCCGUGUCUAGUGGGACCAUAGUCUUUAGUAUGGUGCGUGAUUCCAGUUUAUAUCCUGUGGUAUUUUCCUCUCCUUUACAUGUAUUUAUUGUACCUAUCCAAUGUGUGUUUAUCAUAAGUAAUACGACAGUUUUAAUAUUCACUUUAAAUAUUAUAGGGUAGACGACUAAUUUGACUUUUAAAAUAAUUGUAAUAAUGUCAAUGUGGUAAUAUAAAGAAGUUUAUAGUUUAAGAGCGGUGCAAUGUUGCGCUUCGGGCGCGGCGUAUAUAGUGAUGCAACUAUCCUCUUUGUGGUAUUUCAAGUCUCUCUGGGACGUUUGUAAAAUAUGUCAAAUACCCUAUUUUAGAUAAGGAAUGCACAAUAAUUACUAUAAUAUUACUAUUAACUAACAGUGCCACUCUAAAUUUAAAUAAGCAAUUUUGGUGUAAGUUGUUUGUACUUUACGCUUUGUAAAUUGCUUUAGGUAGUCUUAUUUAUUUCAUGGGCAAUUUUUAUAGGCGAUUUUUUUUUCGUCAGGUUUUGAUAAAUUUUGGUAAAUAAGAAAAGCUCCUAAUUAUGGGCGGAAUAAAUUUAGGAGAUAGACAAAAGUAUGCAAUAUUCCGUCGAAUUCUCAUAGGUUUUCGUAUAUCAGAGGAAGAUUUUGUAGGACACAUUUACGUGGACAUUAUACGAAAGUAUAUUGUACAGAAUAGGGAACAUCAAAUUUUAUCAAUAUCUGGCGAAAAAAUCAUCAACAAUAACAAGUAAAAAAUUGUCCCUAUGUUUUAGAACACUGUAAAAAAUU